UUUACGGGUGGCUCAUCUCAAGCUCAAAGUCAGAUGCUGUGUUUUUUCUCCAGCUCCACGCAGGUCUGGAGAAAGAAAAAAGUGGUGAUACCGAAGGGGCAGAUUAAGGUUAGGCAUAGAGACGAGCUUCCCCGACUCACGGUUUCCUCUUCUGUAAAACAAGGGCACUGGACUAGAUGCUUUGCAAGGCGACUCCGCCCGGAAGCUGUAGACGUGGAAAUAAGCAGGUCCAUUCUGUCUCGCGAGACCCAGACGCUUGUCGCCACGGCGACGACGCGAGACUAGUACGCGUGCGCCAGUCACGUGGCUGUAAGAUGGCGGCCUCCGGAGCAGUGGAGGAGAUGAGGACCCGCGUGGUGCUCGGGGAAUUCGGGGUCCGGAACGUUCAUACCACGGACUUUCCGGGAAAUUACUGCGGCUAUGAUGAUGCGUGGGACCAGAGCCGCUUCGAGAAGGAAUUCCGUGUGGAUGUGGUGCACAUGGAUGAAAGCUCGCUGGAAUUUGAUAUGGUUGGAAUUGAUGCUGCCAUUGCCAACGCUUUUCGGAGGAUCUUGUUAGCCGAGGUUCCAACCAUGGCUGUGGAAAAAGUCUUUGUGUACAACAAUACCUCCAUUGUGCAGGAUGAGAUACUGGCCCAUCGUUUGGGUCUCAUUCCUAUUCGUGCUGAUCCUCGGCUUUUCGAGUACCGGAACCAAGGUGAUGAAGAAGGCACUGAGAUAGACACAUUGCAAUUUCAGCUGAAGGUCAAGUGUACCCGUAAUCCUCAAGCUGCCAAAGACUCCUCUGAUCCCAAUGAACUUUAUCUCAAUCAUAAAGUAUACACAAAGCACAUGACAUGGAUACCCCUGGGAAACCAAGCAGAUGUUUUCCCAGAAGGCACCAUUCGUCCUGUGCAUGAUGACAUCCUCAUUGCUCAGCUACGGCCUGGCCAAGAGCUUGACCUACUUAUGCAUUGCGUCAAAGGCAUCGGGAAAGACCAUGCGAAAUUUUCUCCAGUAGCCACUGCCAGCUACAGAUUGUUGCCAGAUAUCACUUUACUCCAGCCAGUAGAGGGCGAAGCAGCUGAGGAGCUGAGUCGAUGCUUUUCACCUGGUGUCAUUCAGGUGCAAGAUGUCCAAGGAAAAAAAGUAGCCACAGUUGCCAACCCCCGCCUGGAUACCUUCAGCCGAGAAAUCUUUAGGCAUGAAAACCUUAAGAAGUUGGUGCGGCUUGCUCGAGUACGGGAUCACUACAUAUUCUCAGUGGAAUCAACAGGUGUCUUGCCCCCUGAGGUUCUGGUGAGCGAAGCCAUCAAAGUUCUAAUGGGAAAAUGUCGGCGUUUCAUGGAUGAGUUGGAUUCAGUUCAGAUGGACUGAGUAUCUUGCAGAGACUUAGUGGGAGACAACACCUGGAUGGCAAGAUCGUUCACUCUGGGAGGAGGCCCCACUCUAUCUAAAUAUUAAACUCUGGCUACCUAAAAGACUACUAAGAGAACAUCAGUGGGAGUUGGGGGUGGGGUAUUAUUGCUGACACAGCUUCUCAGAGCCAUUCAGGAUUAUUCCUGAUUGCUCUUUUUGAAAUGUCAGCUGUUCAAUGAAAAGAUCUGAUACUGUUUGCAACAGUAUCUGGUUUAUAGACUGUGUUUACCAAAUCAGUGGGAAAAAGGGAGGACAACAACAUAAAGAACACCAGCCUCAAAGUGCCACAUGAAUUAGCAUAUACUAUGAGAAAGGCAGCUUGUAUGUUAAACUUGUGUAUCAAACUCAGAUUUUUUACUGACAUGCAGAAAUGUGCCUCAGAGUUAAUGUUUCUACAAAAAGGCUCUAAAAACAAUAAAAAAACUACCAUGAAAUCACAAGAUGUUAAAAAAUAUCACAACACAAUAAAUACAACUGUUCCCUUCAUGGCCCCAACCACACACGAGUAUAAAGAGUUUGACUGAGGCAGCAGUCAAAGCUAGUA